UCCUUAUCGUCUUGUUUUCUCUGUUGAGGAUUUAAUUAUCUGUGUGUUUCUCCAUCAAGAUUCAAUUGUCAUGGCUUUCUCUGCGAGUAGUUGUACUUGUACCCUCUCUAAGAACCCUUUCUCAUGCUUGUCUCCUUUCCCACGAACCCUGGGAAGAAACCCUACUCGUCUUUUGUCCAUUAAAGCUGUAAAAGCUACAGAAACAGAAGCCAAUAAUAAUAAUACCGAGAAGCCGUCUUCGUCUUCCAAUGCUCAACCUUCAACCGCCAAGCCGCCUCCCAAGAAGAAGCCUGUCUACUCCAUGAAGAAGGGUCAGAUUGUGAGGGUGGAGAAAGACAAAUAUCUUAAUAGUGUUAAUUAUCUUUCGGUUGGACAUCCACCGUAUUACAAAGGAUUGGACUAUAUUUAUGAAGACCGCGGUGAGAUAUUGGAUUUGCGUAUUUUUGAGACAGGAGAGUAUGCACUUGUAGCAUGGGUUGGGGUCCCAACUGCGCCAGCAUGGCUUCCAACAGACAUGCUUAUCAGGGUACCUGCGUGCUUCUUUCUUGCUAAGUUGGAAAUUAGACUAGUUUAAAAUAUCGUCUCACUGCUUGGCGCUUUUGAGCUUGAUCUUGUAAUUGACUUUUGUGUUAUGUUUGCAGUCAGACAAACUCGAUUAUGAGAGGCUGUGAUACAGGAUCCAAAUGCAUUAAUCGAUCUUCACCUGCAGCGUUAUUGUAUUUUCUUUAUCACCUUCUGCUACAACUCUUACUGUAUUUUUUUUGUAAAGAUCGCUGUAGUCGACCGAUCAAAUGCACACAAACAACAGUAUGUUUCUCGGCAUUGUACCCAA